AUGGUAGCUAUUCGCCGAGUGGAAGCGAGAGGGGAUGCGACUCUGUCCCGGAAUCAGCGCCGCAAGAGGUCCGCUCAAUUGCCUGUCGGUGGCCACUACCAGUGGGCAAGAGAAACCAUUGCCCAAAGUCCCCCGUUCAACGCAAGACAGAACGGUAUCGACCAGCGGGAUCUCCCUAGUGGAGCUUUUGUCGAUCCCAGUCCAACGCUCCCGGGGAACGGAGUCGACUUAGGAGCGAAUUUCAUCAAGGCAAUUAGCCUUACAUCGAUUAUCCAUCCGACACACCAGCAUGUACUGCCUCCGUUGCCGAGCCUUGACCAUAACUCAGGCAGUAAUUUUCUCAAGGUUGUGGACAUGCAAAGCUUUCUUCUCGAGAUCUGCCUCGACUUUGGACUGUCUUUGUCUACGUUUCAACUAUUGUACGUAUACCCAACAGGCGCUGCCCCGUGGAGAAAUCUAAUCAAAGCACUAGAGUAG